UCGACGAAGAAGAAACCCCUUAUUUAGUGAAACUGAUGGUUUCUCCGGAGAAAGUCACGUUGGCGGAUUUUAAAAAUGUCCUCAACAACCGUCCGGUCAACAGUUAUAAAUUCUUUUUCAAAUCUAUGGAUCAGGAUUUCGGAGUUGUCAAAGAAGAAAUCUCUGAUGAUAACGCCAAGCUGCCCUGCUUCAACGGUAGAGUGGUGUCCUGGUUGGUGUUGGCUGAAGGCACACACUCGGAUGGCGGAUCUCAGUGCACAGAGAGCCACAAAGAGCUGCCGCCACCCUUGGAGCGAACUGGAGGGAUUGGAGAUUCCAGACCCCCCUCUUUCCAUCCCUCGUGUGAACGGUCACUCGAAAUCGGAGCGUGGGAAUCGUGACUCAGCUGUUGGCUAUGACAGUGCGUCAGUGAUGAGCAGUGAGCUGGAAUCCAGCUCUUUUAUCGACAGUGAGGAGGAUGAGGAUGCCAGCAGCCACAGACUUAGCAGUUCAGCCGAGCAGAGCUCUUCAUCACACCUCAUGCGUAGACACAAACGCCGACGACGGAGGCAGAAAGUCACCAAAAUGGACAGAUCCUCAUCCUUCAGUAGUAUUACAGACUCCACAAUGAGUCUCAACAUUAUCACUGUCACUCUCAACAUGGAGAAGUACAACUUCCUGGGCAUCAGUAUAGUGGGUCAGAGUAAUGACAGAGGAGAUGGAGGCAUCUAUAUUGGCUCCAUUAUGAAAGGUGGCGCGGUGGCGGCUGAUGGCAGGAUUGAGCCUGGAGACAUGCUGUUACAGGUCAAUGAUGUAAACUUUGAGAACAUGAGUAAUGAUGAUGCUGUCAGGAUUCUACGGGAGCUCGUCUCCAAACCUGGGCCGAUAAGCCUAACAGUGGCGAAAUGUUGGGACCCCUCUCCUAGAAGCUACUUCACCAUCCCUAGAGCCGAGCCGGUGAGACCCAUCGACCCUGCUGCCUGGAUCUCACACACUACAGCACUUUCUGGGCCAUACCCCCAUUAUGGUAUGAUCAAAGUCAAAUCUUCUGUUAAUAGAAUGGCAGACUUAUCAUGCUCAAAACUGUUAUUUCUCCCUCAUUUCACAGAGUUUGAUGACCUCCCCCUUUCGGUGUCAAAAACAGACAUGGCAACUAUAGUAAAGGUCAUGCAGCUACCAGAUUCAGGCCUGGAGAUUAGAGACCGAAUGUGGUUGAAGAUCACUAUAGCCAACGCUGUCAUCGGGGCUGAUGUUGUCGACUGGUUGUUCUCACGGGUGGAGGGCUUCAAGGACCGUCGGGAUGCUAGAAAAUACGCCAGCAGUUUGUUGAAACACGGCUACCUGAGACACACAGUCAAUAAAAUCACCUUCUCGGAGCAGUGCUACUACACUUUUGGAGACCUGUGCCAAAAUAUGGCUUCUCUCAAUCUCAACGAGGGAUCUAGUGGUGGUGGGUCUGACCAUGAUGGUCUUGCUCCUCUUCCUCCACCAGGAACCAACCCCUGGCCCCUCGGCGGUCAGCCCUACCCUUACCCAGGUUACCCCACUCCUCCACCAGGCUUCCCUCCUGUAUACUCAGAUCCUUGCCACAGUUUCCACAGUGGCAGUGCAGGCAGCCAACAGAGUGAAGGUAGCAGAAGCAGUGGCUCCAACCCCAGCGCUGGGAAAGGACGGAGACCCUCCCCUCGAGAAAAGGACCAUAAGGCACCGUGCUGUGGGGGCAGCGAAUCAGAAAUGGGAACGUGGGUCAGAAGGAGGGGUGAGAGAGCACCCAGUCAGCUAAGUCAUCAAAGCCGCAGCCGCUCUGCUGCCAGUCAGGCCCACACCAGCCACAGCAACGCUCAUUCUGGGUACAGCCACGGCCAGUGUCACAGCGUCUCGCAGCAUAGCCACAACUUCACCUACAGCCAUGCCCCUUUCAUUCAGCCCAAUCAUCUGUCCUGUGCCCACAGUGAGAGAAGUCACGGCUCUUCGUACGGCCCACCGGGUCUGCCCCCUCCGUACUGCCUCGCUCACCUCGCCCCCAAAGCGGCAGCAAGCAACAGCCCACCUGGGGCUCCUCCUGUCCGGGAGCUAGCAAACGUCCCCCCAGAACUCACAGCUAGUCGGCAGUCUUUUCAACACGCUAUGGGCAAUCCUUGUGAAUUUUUUGUUGAUAUUAUGUGACAGGAGAGUGCCUUCAACCCUUUCAGAGCACAAGGCCUACUUCCCGCAGUUUGCUUAAUGAAUUUUUCCUACUGACGAUCCCUGCACUGAGAGUGUACAAACUAGUGAUGGGUCGUUCUUGAACGAUUCGUUCAUUUUGAACGAAUCUUUAAUAUGACUCAGGAACGACAUGUUGUCUCAGCAAGGGAUUCGUUCAUUUCGUGUUGACCGCGCAUGCGCAACAUCCAAUAGGUUCUGUACAGGAAACAGAAAUGAUUAGUGCAACUCUCGAGUCCUCGGGUUCGAUUCGUUCGUUCAUCACGUGACAGCCCCAUAGACUAGAGGCUAUGCAGUCAGUACCGGAAAGAGAAAUGAUUAGUUCAUCUUCCAAGUCUUCGGGUUUGAGUCGUUCGUUCAUCACGUGACAGCCCCAUAGACUAGAGGCUAUGCAGUCAGUACCGGAAAGAGAAAUGAUUAAUUCAACUUCCUAGUCUUCGGGUCCGAGAUAUUCAUUCUUUUGUCACGUGACGUGAGAGCAAGCAGUGGAUACAGAAAUUAGUUAAUAAUUCCCAACCUUCCUUACAAAAAAGCAUGUAGUUUGUUUCUU